GACACUCGGUUAAAGACCCGUUGUGUUCUCAGGAACAACGAGCAACGAUCCUUAUUCUCGUGCUAUCAAGCUUCGACAACGAUUCCCAGCUUACGCGUCGCGUGAUCAUCGAUCCUUUUCCCUCUCGAGUUAGAUCGCAUACACUUGUUGACAAUCAACAUGUCGGAGAGCAAGAAAUCGGACAUCUUAUACCUGUUUGAUCGACCCGCAGAGCCGGUGUACGUGCCCAAGGGAGAGAACAAAGUCGCUUUCCAAGUACCAGCUACCUACCUGCCUGAAAAUCGGCAGCAAAUGGCUCCCGAGGUAUUUAAUCGUUUCGCUGAAGAUACCGCAUCGAAAGUUCGAGUGAAACAGAUCAGUCUGCCGGAUUUGAGUGUUCCCCUUCAACUUGGACGUCGAGAGCCCUUCUCUCUUUUCAUCCCCAAACAUCGAAAAAUAGCUGCGCGACUUAUCGACAUCUUUUUGGGUAUGCGCACCUACGAGGACUUCCUUUCGGUGUCCGUUUACUGUCGCGAUCGCAUUAAUCCCGAGAUGUUCGUCUACGCGCUCUCGGUGGCGAUCCUGCAUCGUCCUGAUACCAAGGAUCUGCCGAUACCACCGCUGUCGGAAAUUUUCCCGGACAAGUACAUCGACAGCGGGAUAUUUGCCAGAGCGAGGGAGGAAGCCAACGUUGUACCAGCUGGCUCCAGGUUGCCUAUCGAAAUUCCGCGAGAUUAUACCGCAUCGGAUCUCGACGAGGAGCAUCGGGUGGCUUAUUGGAGGGAAGAUAUCGGGCUCAAUCUUCAUCAUUGGCACUGGCAUCUGGUCUAUCCGUUCGAGACUGACAUAAGGAUUGUUAACAAGGAUCGACGUGGCGAGCUGUUCUACUAUAUGCAUCAUCAGAUCCAAGCUAGAUACAAUAUCGAACGUCUGUGCAACCGAUUGGGCCGAGUGAAGCGCUUCCACAAUUGGCGCGAGCCGAUCCCGGAGGGUUAUUUCUCCAAGUUGGACUCGUUAGUGGCCAGUCGUACCUGGCCCGCUCGUCCGGCCGGCGCCGUCCUCAAGGAUAUCAACCGGCCCGUGGACCAACUUAACUUCGACCUUCAAGAUCUGGAGAGAUGGCGCGAUCGGAUCUACGAGGCCAUUCACACCGGUGCUUACAUCACCCGAGGUGAGAGGGUGCCUUUGACCGAGUUCGGCGGCGUGGACGUGCUCGGUAAUAUUAUGGAGGCCAGCAUCCUGUCGCCCAAUCAGAACGUCUACGGGGACCUUCACAAUCUUGGUCACGUCGCCAUCUCUUACUGCCACGAUCCCGAUCAUCGUUACUUGGAAACUUUCAGCAUCAUGGGAGAACCGGCUACCGCUAUGAGAGAUCCCAUCUUCUACAGAUUCCACGCUUUCGUCGACGAUGUAUUCCUGGAGCAUAAGAAUACACUUCCCGAGUACAGCCUACAGCAGCUGGACUUUCCCGGCGUGGAAAUCAGGGAUAUAGGAGUGCAAACUCCGAAUCAACCGUCGAACUUGCUCGCCACUUUCUGGAACAAGAGCGACGUCGAUCUAUCUCGCGGUCUCGACUUCACGCCACGCGGUCCGAUUCUCGCCAGAUUCACUCAUCUGAAUCAUGCCGACUAUAUAUACAGAAUCGUCGCCAACAAUAGCAAUAAUGCGCCGCGUCGAGGAACCGUCCGUAUAUUUAUGGCGCCGAGGCAGGACGAACGUGGACUGCCCUACGUCUUCAGGGAUCAAAAGGAGCUCAUGAUUGAAAUGGAUAAGUUCACCGUAUUACUGAGACCAGGACAGAAUACUAUCGAGCGCAAAUCAACGGAAUCCUCGGUAACUAUACCGUUUGAAAGGACGUUCCGCAGUCUGGAAGAGAACAGACCGAUCGGUGGCGAUAGCCAGGCCGUGGAUCAGUUCAACUUUUGCGGAUGCGGUUGGCCGCAGCACAUGCUCGUACCUAAGGGAAAAGAGGAAGGAUUCCCGAUGGAUCUCUUCAUCAUGAUAUCCGAUUACACCGCUGACGCGGUGGAGCAGGAUGAAUCGCCUGGAUGCAAGGAUGCGGUGAGCUACUGCGGUCUGCGGGACCGCAAGUAUCCGGACGCUCGACCCAUGGGCUAUCCGUUCGAUCGCAGAGCCCGAUCUGGCGUGGAGACUCUGGCCCAAUUCCUCACCGGUAAUAUGGCGGUCGCGCAGAUCACCAUCCGUCACACGGAUACGGUGAUGCCGCGAAUGCGAUCCGGAAGCAUGGGCAACACCCUCACCUUCGCCUGAAUCUAAUGACCGACCGACCGAUUCGCGACGAUCUCGUGCAUCUCUCCGCCGCAUUCCACCGCGAUUCUGCAAUAUCCGUAGGAGAUCGUGAGAAGGGCUGCAAGAGACAUGGUUCCAUCUAGUCUGUAUCCUCGGACGAUGAAUGCCGGAAUGACGGAGGACGGGAGCGAAUGAAAAAGACCGGAGGUCUGGGAAAGCGUUAUAUUCAUAUCUCGGUGAUGCAAGAUAUUAUCCGGAGAGGACCUUUUCUCAAACCCAAGAAUGCACAAUCUUGUACGUGAAAGUAAUUGCCUGCGCGUGAUCUCGCGAAAUCGAGAUUCCUGCUCGAGAUAUUUACGAUAUUUCAUUAGAAUUGUAUCUAUGUCGUGGUACUUAUAGCGUUUCUCCUAUCAUUUUAUCGUUCAAUUUUAUUAUGCUCUUACUUUUUUUUUUUUAGCUAUUUUAGCAGAUAUCUAUAUAAUUAUAA